UAAGCGAGUACCAACUCACUGUCAAGAGCACUGUCAGUCUGUCGCUGCUUUCCUAACCGCUGCUCAGCAAUAGAAAACACGUCUGACAGAGGAAAGGUCGGUAUAAAGACCACCAGCUUUUCAAGCACCCACAAGACUUUUAUGUUAAGAGGCCUCUGUCUCCCCCUCUCCCCCUCCCAUUCUUUCUUUGUUUCUUUCUUUUUUUUCUCUUUCUUUCCUUCUUCACAUCCUGAUCUGGAGCAAUGGCGACGGAAGACGAAGCGCGAGAAGCGGCAGAUGGGGAGGAAAUUCAAGUGGAAGCUGGGGAUCUAGGAACAACCCAUUUGCAAAUGAACCUAGACAGCAAGCUUUCAUCUCAUGCGGAGAUGAAGGAUGAGGCAACAGCCAUGGAUUCAACUGAAGGAAUGAAGGUUUCAGAGGAUCAAGUUUUAGAAAGAGCACCCUCUGUAGUCGAAAUUCUUCAAGAAGAUACUCCAAAUGGUACACAUGCUUCUCUGAAUGGUCAUAUGAAAGAAGGGAAGAUUUCGAAUGAGAAGCCACAAGAAAAUGGUCAGAAAGGUAAUGAGCAGGUAGAAGCUUCACCAGAUGGAAUAAGCACCGAUCAGAGCAGCACAAGCAAUGGUGAAGAGGCAAUUGAUUCUUUAGGCCAUGUUGAGAACACUACAGAAGAUACCAGCCUUCUAAAACAUGAUAAUGAAGAGCCAAAGGAACAUUGUCGACAAGAUGUAGAAGGUAAUGCAAUAGAGAGCAAAAUGGUGCACAAAGACACACUGCAGCCUGACAAUGAUGUUGAGCCAACAAUUGAUGCUCAAGAAGGCCACAAUCUGGAACCAGCAGAAGUAACUGAGGACACACAACCCGCAACCAUGCCAUGUAUUCCUGGCGAAGAGGUUGUAGCUGAAGCACCUGCUGGAGUCCAAACUUCUUUGGAGCCUAAUGUGGAUGAGCCUGACGCCCUUCCGGAUACCAGUGAUGGAAACACAGAAACAGUUGAGCCAGCUAAAGUGGAUAAAGAGAACUGUCCAGAAGAUGAAGAUGUUGAGAUCGUCAAACUAGAAGAUCAACCAAGUGAUAAAACUGAUGAUGUGGAUGCAGACCUGGUGCAUGAAGAGGUGCCUAAAAGCAAGAAAACAGAUGUACCCGAAGAUAUGCCUAAAACUGGGCAAGCUGAUGAGUCGAUGAAUGGUGAUCAAGUGCUGAACCAAGAAUCAACAGAAGAAACCAGUGACCCUCUGCCUGAAAAAACUCAAGAAACUUCUCAUGAGAGCAAUGUGUCCACCUCUAAGGAGACAACUCCAGAACAUGAUGCAGUGACAAGGGAGCCAGCUCUUGAUGUUCAAGUGCAAAACCAGGGAUUAGCAGAAGAAAUAGCAGAUGCCAAAGAAGUUGAUGCUGAGAAAACAGUUCAACAAAGGGGUAUUGCUUUUGAGGAGGUAACUCCAGAAGAUAAUGCAACAAUCAUUGAACCAAGUUCUGACAUCCAACAUUUAAAUAAUGUGGAGUCAGAAGAAAUAAAGGGUCUUGAAGAUGCCAAAGCUGGAGAAUCCUCCGAUCAAAGCAACGUGACAAUUGCUGAAGAUGCAACCGAAGAUAAGGAAGCAACAGAAGAUAUGCAACCAGUUCAAGGGUUGGAAGAGGAAGAACCUAAGAACACUGGAACUGUCGAAAUGGAUGAAGCUUCCAGUCAACCACAUGCUGAUGUCAUCAAUAACCUUGCUGAAGAAGACAGUGUACCAGCAUGUGAGCCCCAGGUGAUAGGAUUAAAAGAAGAGGUGAAGGACACUGGAGCCACUGAAACUCAAGAAAUCACUCAACAAAGUCAUGCUGCUGCUUCAGAGGAACUAGUAACAGAAGAUAAUUCUAUGGCAAUUGAGCCAUCGAAUGAUGAUAUCCAGCAAAUCCUGGAGCAAGGAUCAUCUGAAGUUAAGCACGCAGAAGUUUCUGACACUCAAGAAAUCUGCCAUGAAAGAACUAUUUCUGCUCCUGAGGAGGACUCUGUAAAAGAUGAUGUAACAGCAGAAGGACCAAGCUGUGAUGCCCAAGAGGUAGAAAAUGUAGCAUCAGUAGAAGAAAUCAAGGAGAACACAGCUGAGGAUGUGUCUGAACAGCAAAUGCGGGGGCUUGAAACAGAAGAAAUACAGAACACUGAACCUGUUGAAACAGAAGAAGCUUCUGAUCUAAGGCAUCCUGCUCUCUUGAAUGACCCAGCUCAAGAAGAUAUUCUACCGAGUGAUGUGCCAAAGACUGAAUCAACAGUAGACGUGAAGGAUACUGAAGCCAUUAAAACUGAAGCACUCCCCCAGGAAAGCAAUGAUUCCAUUUCUGAGGAGCCUGCUUCAGAAGAAAAUAUAACAGCAAGUGAAGUAAUUUGUGAUGAUCUUGCCAGAGAGCCAGAUGUUGAUAUGCAAUCAGUGCAGGAGCUACAGUCAGAAAAGAAGAAUGCUGAAUUUACUGAAGUGAGUGAAGCAUCUGGUGAAAUGGAUGCUGCCGUCAUUGAGAACCCAACUCAUGAAGAUAACCUAACCACAAGUGAGUCGCUUGUGAUGGAAUCAGCAGAAGUGAGCAGCAAUGAAGCCACUGAAGGCCAAGAAAUGCCUCAAAGUGAUGCUACUCAGUCAGAAGAUCACAAAACAGAAGAAAAUAUGGCAGUGAGUGAACCACAGAUCCUGGAACCAGAACCUGCUGAAGAAAUGAGAGACGGUGAAGCCACUGAGCCUCAAGCUAUCUCACUAGAAAGCACGUCUGUUCCAGAAGAAGAUGUAACAGCAAAAGAAGCAGCUUCUGAUAUCAGAGAAGUACAAACCGAAGAGCCUAUAGAAGAACCUGAUGAUGUGAAAGCUGAAGAAAUAUCCAACCAAAGCAGUGGGACCAUUGUUGGAGAAACAGCUCAAGAACACAAGUUACUAUCAAGUGACCCAACUAGUGAUGUACAAGCAAAGGAGCUCGAGUCACAAAAAACUGGUAACAGUGAGGAUGUUCAAACUGAAGAAGCUUCGCAUCAAACACACGCUGAAGAAACUUUGACAGAAAAUGAGCCACAAAUAGCAACAGAAGAUAACAGAGCAAUCCUGGCAGAUGUUAGCAUUCAGCAGCUUCAAGGGCAAGAACCAGUUGAAUUCAGGGACACUGAAGCUACUGAACCUCAAGGCAUCUCCCCAUCUCACACUGCCUCUGGUUCUGAGCAGUCCACACCAGAAGAUAACGAGAUGACAGAACCCAGUCCUGCAACUCAAGCAGAGAAUUUAGAAUCAGCAAUAGUGACGGAGGAAAGUAAAGAUAUGAAAAGCACUGACGCAAUUGCUGAGGAGGAAACUCCCAAAGAAUGCGUACAGGAAACUGAGGCACAUGUUGAUAUACCACCAGUGGAGAAUACUGACCCCGCUGAGGUGCAUGACAAUGCAACGACAAAUGACCUGCCAGCAGAAGAGGUGAAGGACAAUGAAGCCAUAGAGGUUGCAGAAAUCCACUAUGAGAGCCCUGUUGCAAAUAUUGGUGAUCUCACUGAAGAUGCCAAAAGCAAUGUUGCUCUUGAAGAUGAGGCAGCUCCUGAUGAAGAUGUAAAACCAACAGAGGCAACUGCUGCUAUACCACAACCACAAGAGCCAGAAUUAGAAGAGAUCAAGAAUAGUGAACCUGUUGAAGUGGAAGAUAAUAUAAUAGCAAGGGACCUGCCAGCAGAAGAGAUCAAGGACACUGACGCCAUGGAAACUGAGAUGAUCCCUCAUGAGAGUAGUGGUGCAAACAUUAGCGAGCUCAUCAAUGAUAUGAAAAGCAAUGUUGCUCUUGCGGACGAGGCAGCUCCUGAUGAACAUGCAAAAGCAACAGAGGCAACUGGUACUAUACCACAACCGCAAGAGCCAGACCUAGAAGAGAUCAAGAAUAGUGAACCAGCUGAAGUGGAAGGAAACAAAUCAGCAAGUGAUCUGCCAUCAGAAGAAGUGAAGGAUACUGAAGCCGUGGAAACAGAAGCAAUCAACGACAGCACUGAUGCAAAUAACAGUGAGCUCACUGAAGAUCUGCAAAGCAAUGUUGCUCUUACAGACGAGGCAGCUCAUGACGAACAUGUAGCGGUAGCGGAGACAACAGUUGAUAUACCACAAGCACAAGAGCCAGAACUAGAAGAGGUCAAGAAUAUUGAACCUGUUGAGGUGGAAGAAACUAGAUCAGCAAGUGACCUGCCAGCAGAAGAGGUGAAGGAAACUGAAGCAAUCAACGAGAGCACUGUUGCAAACACCAGCGAGCUAUCUGAGGAUGUGACAAGCAAUGUUGUUCCUGCAGAUGAGGCAGCUCCUGAAGAGCAUGUAUUAGCAACUGAGGCAACAGUUGAUAUACCAGAAGCACAAGAGCCAGAACUAGAACAGACCAAGAGUACUGAACCUUCUGAAGUGGAAGAAAUCAUAUCAGCAAAUGAUCUGCCAGCAGAAGAGGUGAAGGAUACUGAAGCCGUGGAGACUGAAGCAAUCAACGAGAGCGCUGAUGCAAACAACAGUGAGCUCCCUGAAGAUGUGAAAAACAAUGUUGCUCUUGCAGACGAGGCCGCUCCUGAAGAACAUGUAACAGUAGCUGAUGAUACAGUUGAUAUGCCACAAGCACAAGAGCCAGAAGUAGAAGAGAUGAAGAAUACUGAACCUGUUGAAGUGGAAGAAAACAUAUCAGCAAGUGACCUGUGCCAGCAGAAGAGGUGAAGAAGAC